AUGGCAGGUUCCAACCUCACUGACAUGACACCCUCCAUAUUCAUCCUAAAUGGCAUCCCAGGCCUGGAGGAAGCUCACCUCUGGAUCUCCAUCCCAUUCUGCUCUGUGUACCUCAUUGCCAUGGUGGGGAACUGCGGCCUCCUCUACCUCAUCUGGAUUGAAGAGGCUCUGCACAGGCCCAUGUACUACUUCCUCUGCAUGCUCACCCUCACUGACAUUGCACUCAGCACCUCUAUGAUGCCCAAGGCGAUGUGCAUCUUCUGGUUCAAGCUCAAAGAGGUUGCUUUCAAUACCUGCCUGACCCAGAUGUUCUUCAUCUACACGUUUUCAGCAAUGGAGUCUGGCGUGGUCACACUCAUGGCCUUGGACAGAUAUGUGGCCAUCUGUUACCCACUGAGGUAUGCCACUAUUCUGACCAAUACUGUUAUUAUCACAGCAGGGGCAGUCACCUUCCUUAUGUCAGCAACAGUGAUCAUGCCUCUUGUCUUGUUGGCCAGGCGGCUGCCAUUCUGCCACACUAAUGUUGUCCCUCACACCUACUGUAACCACAUGUCUGUGCUGAAGCUGGCCUGUGCCAGUAUCAAAACAGACACUGUCUAUGGCCUGGUUCUCACCCUGGUGAUUGGGGGCUUAGACAUCCUCUGCAUCUUCAUCUCCUACAUCAUGAUCCUCAGGGCUGUGGUGAGCCUAUCCUCCAAGGAAGCACGCAGCAAGGCCUUCAGCACCUGCACGGCCCACAUCUGUACUAUCAUCACCACUUACACACCAGCAUUAAUUGUCAUCCUUACACCCCGUAUUGGGGGUCACAGCAUUGCACCACACAUUCAGGUCCUUAUGGCCAAUGUCUACCUACUCCUGCCUGCCAUUCUCAACCCCAUAAUUUAUGGGCUGAAGACCAAACAGAUCCGGGAAAGUUUCCUCAAGAUAUUUAUCCGGGGAAAGGCUAGUUCAGAUUUUGGCACCAGAUUCACGGGGACAGGGAAAAAAUGUUAA